AUGGCAGACGGCGAAGACGACGAAGGAUGUGAUAUCUGCUUUGACAGUUACAGGUCUCCCAAGCUCUUGCCAUGCCGACACACGUUCUGUGAACCAUGCUUGAAGGACUACGGGGAAAGCUCUUGUCCCCAGGAUCUAAACGAGUUCAUUGUAUGUCCCCUGUGUCGGACUCAAUGUGCUCUGCCGUCUGUUGGGGUGGAAGGUUUCAUCAACAACUACUUCGUUCGUGAUAUUCAAACCGUUGACCGCUGUAACGUCGCCUACAAACACUACCCUAGGUGUAACUUUUGCAGAGUCAAAAUAUUACCUGAUGAUGUGCGGGACCAUCGCUGUACGCUAUCAUCUGAAUUAGCGUCAGACGAAAGUGACGACAGCGAUUAUACUUAUGAGGAUAAUUCGCUUGGAUUCAUAGUCCGGUUUCCACUGCUUCGAAUGAGAACAAAGUACAAAGUGGACUUAGAAUGCACUUUCCCGUUGAUCUUGGAGGACGACGCAUUAAUCACAUGUAUCCGAACGACUCACGAAAACACGUGUUAUAGCAUCGUAGAUUGUAGCUCCACCUAUCGACAACAUGAUUCCAAAGGCAAGUAUGUUGGAGGUACAACUAUUACUCCUUUUACUACAAUCAUGGAUAUGGUGUACCGUAAAGAUAACAGUGUAUUGUUUCUAACCAAAAACGAAAUAUCCAUCGUGAAUGGAACUGCUGUGAAGCUUUUCUGUGUCAUUAACAACUUUGAUGGUUUGUCGAUGGCGUUGUUUUCAGACGAGCGAGUGGUUGUUGUUGGAACAAUGAUUCCUGUGGAGAAGAUAGUUAGAAAUUUGGGAGAAAAUUCUGAAAACACAAAGGAAAAACAGCCAGAACCUUCGUCUAAAGGUAAAAUCGUGAUUUUGUCGAAGGACGGAAAGACGAUUCUUGCUGACCUGAGUAGAGAAAACUGUCGUCCUUCUGUUGUGGCCGUUAACCAAGUUAAUGACACAAUUUGCAUGAGUGAUAGCGAACGGAAGAUUGUAUCCGUGUUCCUUGAGAGCGGCAAAGUUAUCGGAGAAUUUAACUUGGAUGGAAGGGGCAUAGGGCUGCUCAGUUUUCUUCCUUUGUUUGAACAGGAUGGACCCAGGGGCAUCAAUCCGGCUGGAGUUUGUUUUGACCCCAAUGGAAACAUUCUCGUUGUUGAACAAGCCAGUGCGUCUGUGUUGGUAUUGGACCCUUGUGCAGGAUUCAUAGGUACUUUAGUGACUGGGGCGGAAGGCGGCUUUGGUCUACCUUUUUUAAUUGGAUGUGGUUCGACUGGAACCAUCUGGGUGGGCGAUAGAGGCACAAUUAAGGUUUUUCAUAUGGCCGGUUACGUCAACAAUAUGUGA